UCCUCGUUUCAUAACAUUGAAUUAUUCAUUCAUCAAAAUUAGAAGAAAAGGUCACAAUCGACCUCUAUUGGCAUAUAUAUAGAAAUAUAAAGUUUCAGUGUAUCAUAUUAGUAUUAUAUAUAAAUCAAUGGCAGUACCAGUAGUAGAUGCGGAGUAUAGGAAUGAGAUAGAGAGAGCACGAAUAGAGCUUCAAAAUCUUAUAGCCAGCAACAAGUACAGUGCUCGUGAUCUGCUUCGUUUAGCGUACGCUUGCCAAUUCUCAAUUUCUUCUGCCGCCAAUUCUGAUGCAGGAAUUACUACGUCUACUACUGAUGCUAAAAUAAAGACUCAAGCUGCCAAUAAUGAUCUCAGAACAGCAAUUGAAAAUAUCAAGGUCAAUCAUCCCACGAUAACGUAUCCUGACCUUUAUCAGCUUGCUGGGGUUGUUGCUGUUAAAGCACUUGGUGGUCCAAUAAUCGAAUUUGUUCCUGGUAGAAAGGAUUCAUCAAUUUCACCAAAUGAAGGGUGCCUUCCUGAUGGCAAACAAGGUCCAUCGGAUUUAAGGGAAGUCUUUCACAGAAUGGGACUCUCUGGGGACAAGGAUAUAGUAGCAUUAUCUGCAGGCCUCAAACUGGCUAAAAGGGCUUAUUCGAAGACCUUUGGAGUUGGGGGCCCUGAAUUUGACAACUCAUACUUUGUGGAGCUCCUCAAGCAGGAUUCAAGUCUCUUGCAAUUACUUCCCACUGAUAAAGCUCUACUUGAAGAUACAAAAUUCCGCGGCUAUGUGCAACUUUAUGCAAAGGACAAAGAGGCUUUCUUCAGGGACUACAUAGAGUCACACAAGAAGCUGUCAGAGCUUGGAUUACCACAUUCAUCAUUUUUCAGAUCUACAUUGGAAAAAGGCAGAUCCGCAUUGGAAAAAGGCACGUCAGCAGUGAAGAACACCCCGGUGGCACAAAGGGCUGUCGGAGUUGCUGUUGCAGCCGCUGUUGUAAUAUUCAGUUUCUUCUAUCUAAUCCACAGGAGGAGAGCUAGUAAGCAUUCGUCACACCAGUUCCAGUAACAUUGGUGGUGAACUCAAUAGACGUAAAAAAUUGUAAACUGAAACUGAACAACAAUAAAAAAGAGAGUGGAAAUUGAAUAUAGCUCCAUGUUUCAUUAAUAAUAAAUCUUCUCCAUGUUUUAUCAUUAACUUGAGUGUGUAAUUACUCAAAUGUAUUGGUAAUAAAAAAAGUGCCUUUGGUGACUUAAAUAUUCA